AUGCUCUCCGACAAAACCACUAUUUCCAACGACGGCGCCACGAUCUUGAAAUUGCUCGAUGUCGUGCACCCCGCGGCCCAGCUCUUGGUGGAUAUCUCCAGAGCACAAGACGCAGAGGUGGGCGACGGCACUACGUCCGUCACCAUCCUUGCAGGAGAGUUGCUCAAAGAGGCCAAGGCGUUUAUCGAGGAGGGCGUCAGCACAACCGUGAUUGCCAAGGGCUACAGAGUGGCCGCUGCACUCUGCCGAGAAAAGAUUAAAGAGCUCUCCAUCACUAUCCAUGGCGAUGCCUCAUCACUUGAGAAAUGUGCAUCCACGGCCAUGUCGUCCAAGUUCUGCAACUCGCCGUUCUUCACAAAGAUGGCCGUCGACGCUGUGGCCAGCGGCGACUAUGCCAUCAAAAAGGUUAGCGGCGGCGCCUUACAAGAUAGUCUCUUCAUCCCAGGCAUUGCUUUCAAAAAGACCUUUUCGUAUGCCGGGUUCGAGCAACAGCCGAAACUGUUUCUCAACCCAAAGAUCCUCUUGCUUGAUAUCGAGCUUGAGUUGAAGCAGGAGCGCGAUAACGCAGAGGUGCGUGUGAGCAAGGUCUAUGAGUACCAGUCUAUUGUGGAUGCAGAGUGGCAGAUUGUAUUGACAAAAUUGCACCAUAUCUGCGCCCUGGGCGCAAAUAUCGUGCUCUCCAUGCAGCCCAUUGGCGACUUGGCCACUCAAUACUUUGCAGAUAGAAAUAUCUUUUGCGCAGGAAGAGUCGCCAAAGAGGACCUCCUCAGGUUAUCCAAGGCUAUAGAUGGCACGGUGCACAGUGUGUGCAGCGAUUUCACACUUGGCACGUGUGCCAAGUUUGAGGAGGUGCAGAUCGGCAGUGAGAGGUACAACUUGUUUACUGGCACCCCGCAUAUGGCGUCCACCUUGAUUCUCCGCGGCGGCGCAGAACAGGUGAUUGCAGAGGUGGAGAGGUCUCUCCACGAUGCAAUCAUGGUGGUGAAACGGGCCAAGACCCACCACCAUAUAGUUGCCGGCGGCGGCGCCAUUGAAAUGGAGCUCUCGAAACACCUUAGAGAGUACUCGAAAACAAUUGCUGGCAAGCAGCAGCUCAUCAUCGGCGCGUUUGCACGCGCGCUUGAGGUCAUUCCAAGACAGCUCUGUGAAAACGGCGGGUUGGACGCUAUAGAGUUGUUGAACAAAUUGAGAAGCGCCCAUGCAAAGGGCGAGCUCUGGAUGGGCAUCGACUUUGAAACAGAGUCUAUAGCAGAUAAUAUGAGAGGGCAUAUCUGGGAGCCCUCUCUAAGCUCCACUCCUCGUUCAAACUACAGCCACAAACACUCUUUCUCUGCAUCAACAUCAUCGACCGGUACUGUGCCAAACGCAUUACCAAACGACGCGCAAAAUAUCGAGCAAAGCGAGCUAGUGGAGCAGUAUAACGACGACCUUGUGUAUACGUAUUCCGGGUUGUUUCUAGUCGCCAUCAACCCGUAUAAAGAGUUGCCGCAGCAGAUCAAUAGUUCCAAACCCCAUAUCUUUAGCAUAGCAGAACAAACGUAUAGGAAGCUAUUAAGCAACAACACCAACCAGAGCAUUUUGGUCACGGGCGAGUCGGGCGCCGGGAAAACAGAAAAUACCAAAAAGGUUAUCCAGUACAUCUCCAACACGCAUCUCCUGGGCAAUAUCCAUGACCGCAUUCUCCAGGCCAACCCGAUCCUAGAAAGUUUCGGGAAUGCAAAAACAAUCAAAAAUAACAACUCUUCGAGGUUCGGCAAGUUUAUAAAGAUCUACUUUAGUGGCGGCAAGCUAACAGGAGGCAACAUCGACUAUUACUUGUUGGAAAAGUCGAGGGUCGUUAGUCAGAGAAAGGAGGAGCGGAAUUACCAUGUGUUUUAUCAACUUCUAAAGGGAUAUGAUUUGGGUGCUCUUUCGUUGGAUAAAGAGGAGACGUACCAAUACCUCUCUCCUGAAGGUGAUACCCCCAUAGACGAUCUCAAGGAGUACCACCAUUUGAUGCAAGCGUUUGAUAUAGUCGGCUUCACCAAGGAGGAGGUGCACUUUAUCUUUACCAUUCUAGGAGCGAUUCUCCAUCUCGGGAACAUCACCUUCUCCUCCAUGACCUCGGAAAAGGCCAACAUUAGUGAGAAGGAGCUCCCCAUUAUAGCGCAGUUGCUACAAGUACCUCUUUCCUCACUCAAAGAGAGUUUCCUUUCGCCCAAGGUGAGAGCAGGCAGAGAGAUGGUGACCAUUUCACGGCGUCCGCCCGAAGUGAAAUCGGCCAUUGAUGCAUUUGCCAAACACCUUUACGAGAACCUCUUCCAGUACAUUAUUGACAAGAUCAAUAUCAGCCUAGAGAGCAGCCACACGAGCGGGCCGUUUAUAGGAGUGUUGGACAUUGCCGGGUUUGAGAUCUUCGACAUCAACUCGUUUGAACAGUUGUGCAUCAACUAUACAAACGAAAAGCUCCAACAGUUCUUCAACCACCACUCCUUCAUCAAUGAACAGAAUGAGUAUAUCCGAGAAAACAUUGAAUGGCAAUUUAUAGAUUUUGGCAAGGAUUUGCAACCAACUAUAGACCUUCUUGAAUCAAAGUCACCCAUGGGGAUCUUCAAACUACUAGAUGAGGAAUGUAUCAUGCCCAACUCCUCUGACGAGCUGUUCAUCAACAGGUUGAACCUGCUCUCUAGUGACAAGUUGAUACACAACAAGUUGCAUAAUGGGUUCAUCAUCCAACACUAUGCAGGCAGUGUGGAGUAUACUUCGCAUGGCUGGGUGCAGAAAAAUACCGACCCCAUAAACGAAACCCUUCUCCAGCUCAUGGCCACCUCGUCCAGCCCAUUAAUGGCAAGCCUCUUUUCCAAAACAACUACAAAGUAUAGGUUUUCUUCUCAAAAACAUAAGGAGCAACUACAAGAGUUGAUGGUGGAGUUGCAACAAACAGAACCUCACUUUGUCAGGUGCAUUCUUCCAAACUUGCAAAAAAAACCUGGUAUCUUUGAUAAACGCCUUGUUCUCAACCAGUUGAGAUGUAAUGGGGUCCUUGAAGGGAUACGGAUCACUCGUGCUGGGUACCCGAACAAACUCACCUUUGACGAGUUCUAUCUGAGGUACUGGGUCUUGUGUGAGGGAGAUGCUCCUUUAAAGGCAAAGUGUAGAAAGGUGCUUUCGCACUUGGAUGAGGGCACUUAUAAAGUGGGCAUUACAAAGAUCUUUUUUAAAAAUGCCAUCCUAGCGCAGUUGGAGCUGAUGAGGGAGGAUUGGAUUAAGGGGGUAGUGACGAGGUUGCAGGGGAAAGUUCGGGGUAAUGCUUUUAGGAGAGAUAUGGUGGGUAGAGUGAGGGAGAUGAAUGCGGCUAAGGUGAUUUCUAAGGUGAUCCAGACUCAGAGUCUGUGGAUAAAGGCUCCGCCUUCGGCUACGCCUUUAUCUCCUUCUAUGGAACUCCUCCGAGCCAACUACCUCCGCGCCGAAAACUACGCCAUCGAACUCCAGAAAAAACUAAACAAACUCCAAUCCUCUCGAGGCCUCAACCACUCCACAGACACAGAGCUCAAACUAAAACAGUCACAAGCAAGAGUUUCUCAGCUAGAAGAGAAAUUGGCCAACUUGAUAGGAACAGACCUCAUAUUCAGAGGCGUGAGUCCUGAGUUUGUCCAGAUCUACCAAGAUACAAACAAAACACUUAAAUGCACUCGCGAAGAGCUUGGCACGUCCAAAACAGAGAUCUUGCGAUUAAAGGCUUUGCUUAGAGAGUCUGAGGACGAACUCUACCAAGUCAAACAACAAAAGUCCAAAAGUGCAAUGGACAAGUACGAGCUGGAAAUGGCUACACUCAAAGUCAAGUACGACAGUGCACUCUCCAAGAACAAAGAUCUAGUGGACACCAACGAGCUUUACAAAAAGAGGGCAGAGGAGUAUUUCAAAAAGUUGGAGUUGGCCGAGUCUGCAGUGGCACUUGCCAAAAAGCACGAGCAGCUUGCGCAAAAAGAGAUGGAGGAGAUAAAGUCCAGCUUGCUCUUGGCAAAGGAGGAGGCACGGGCCUCCCAAAUCAUGUUCAGAGAACAACUAUCCAAAAGGGAGCAGUUGGAAACAAGGGUUUUGGAGUUUGAUAAAAAGGAAGCUUUUUAUAAGCAAAAAGUUACUGAUUUGGAGGAAGAACUCUCGUACCAUGUGCAGAACUAUGAGAACAAACAGUCGUAUGAAAUGUUGAGGGAGGAGAUGCGCAAGUUGAGUAUAGACUUUAAUAAAAGGGUGGAAAGAGAAACCAUUUUGAUAAAGGAGAAUAAGCAAUUGAAAAUAGAGGUUGAAGAAGCUCUACUGGAAAAGAGUAGGUGUGAAAAGGAGAUGGAGGAGAUGGCCUUGCGCCAAGAGCAGCUAGAGCACAGGCUCAACAAGUCGAUGGAGAUGAAUAAAUCUCUCGAGGCAAAGACUAUAGAAGAUGAACGCAGGAUAAACAAUAUGGAAAAGGAGGCAUCACUACUAAAGGAACAAACACAAAGCCUUACUGCUCGCCAAUCCCAAAAAGCAUCCUCCUCAGACUUUAAAGAACAACAAAAGAUCCGCAACAAUCUCCUCCUAGCCAAUGAGGAAAACUACCACCUCAAAAAAAUCAAUACGGAACUACACUCAAAAGUAAAGGACCUAGAAUACAAACUCUAUAGCAACAAACAAAUCAACUACUUGGAAUCCAGAAACAAGUCGCUCUCAAAUGAGUUGGCGCUGGCGGUACAGGAGAAACACGAUUGCGAAGUGACAAUCAGCGCCCUCCAAAGACACGUCAAACAGUUGGAGUCGCGUGUGGCGUCAGAAACUCAAUUGAGCAAACGGUACAAUGAUGAAAACUUUGACUUUCAGAAUAAAAUCAACCAUUAUAAAAGUAGUAUAGAGAUGAUGCAUUUGGAGAGUCUGGAGAGGGAGUUGGAGAUGAAGGGGUUAAGAGAGGAAAAUAAUCAGUUGAAAGAGGCUGUGUUGAGGUUGGAGAGAGACACUCUCCACUCCACUAUCGAGUGA